GCUGCACCCUGCUAACUGGCUUCAAUGGAGGGAUUUAUGUUUUCGCCGCAUAAUUUCAACAUGUAUACCGGGGGCAGCCCAUAUGCGUUCAACAAUCAAAAAACCAAAUACCAGCACUGGAAUAAGAAAGGGAGUCUCUACAUGCCACCCGAAGCUAUGGACUACCUGGAUUUUUGCAAACGCGCUCAAUUGCGUGCGAUUCUGUCCCAGGUCAACCCAAAUCUCACACCCCGGCUACGAAAAGCCAACACUAAAGAGUUCGGUGUCCAAGUUAACCCAAAGGUGGAUGCGGUGGUCCAGUGCUCCCUUGGCCCGAAGACGCUGUUCUACCGCGACAGAAAGUGGUUUUCUUCAAAGGUGCCACAGACUCCAGAGAAUAGGGAGAAAUUCAUGCCCAGCACCCCGAUCAACGUGCGUUUUUCCCGUCCAGUUGCUAUAUACUCUCCCGUCUUUGAUCGGAGGUUUUUUACGGUGCCCGAAAACUCUGUGGACGAACCAAGCCAAUUGGAUGAAACCAAGAAAGACCGUGGCGAUAAGGCGAAGGUGGAAGCCGCCGUAAAGGAGCGAGUGGUGGAGGAGGCUUUCGGACCAGAGUCGCGUCACAGCGCACUCGAUCCUACCCAGGUGCCGAAGAAAUUCAACUUCCAGUUUCUGGAACAGAAGUAUGGAUUCUUCCAUUGCAGCCAGUGCAACAUAAGAUGGGAAAGCGCUUACGUGUGGUGCAUCUCGGGAACCAAUAAGGUGUACUUCAAGCAGUACUGCCGCAAAUGUCAGGUCGGAUUCAAUCCGUACCGAGUGGAGUCGAUCCAGUGCCAGGGCUGUGGCCAGACCCGAUGCUCCUGCGAGAGGAAGCAGCGGCACAUUGACAUGGCGCGGCCCCACCGCCAGGACCUGUGUGGCCGGUGCCGGGGCAAGCGGCUGUCCUGCGACAGCACUUACAGCUUCAAGUACAUCGUCUAAGAUCUCCCUGAUGUUCCUGGGUGAUCUUGAACUAGCCUUUUCUAUGUCUUUUAUAUGACCCUGUCCAUAUGACCAACAAGCUAUUUUUGUACAAUUCAAAUAAAUUAAACUUAAAGCAGG